AGCACUGGAGAAAGUCAUCCAACGUGCGAACCAUAGAACAGAGGAAUCCAAAGAAUACUUUAUGCUUCAUAUUGCUCCGAAGAGCGUUACCAUCGCACGUUUCCCUAGUAUGCAAAGACAUUUUCGGUAUUUUCCACUUUGUUCUCUGUGAGACGUGAUUCAACUUCCAUUGAGAGCGAGCGUGGAUUUGGGAACGCCUGCGCACCUGGUUUCAACCACUCCUGAUAUUUUGACGAGACCAGUUCCAUCUAUUCUGAAAGGAUCGUUUAUGUUGAUUUUUUCCCCAGUGGAUUUUAUAUUUAUUUAUUUUAAGUUGAAUAUUUUACACUUCGUAUUUUCUAUCUCUUGGAUACCUAUGAAGUCAUAUCAGGAGAAAGAAGGGAUUUGAGAUGAAACAUGUAUGGCUGAAGGAUGUGGGCUCGGAGUGUUGGUCCCAGACCGCCUGACCUAAUGCUCUUAUGGGAGGGGAUGGUGAUCUGUCUCCGAUGGUGCUGUGUGCUCGUCUCGCUGGCUGUGUACAUCGGCUCAGCGGCACCACUCGACUGGCUGCUGUCCGAUAAAGGUCCGUUCCACUGCUCCCAGGAAUUCAUUGAGUUCACCGAGAGAUACCAACACGGGUUUACAACCAGAUACAAAAUAUACAGGGAGUUCGGCCGAUGGAAGGUCAACAGCCUUGCUGCAGAGAGGCUGGAAGGCAAUGGGGUGGCCGUGCCCCUUGACCCUGACUUCAUCCAUAACAUCAGGCUUCUGGGGAGAAGGCCAAGCCUGCAGAAACUAACUGACAACAUCAUUAAGAAAUACGGGACACACUUCCUGCUCUCUGCCACUCUGGGAGGCGAGGAGUCCUUGACCAUUUUCGUGGACAAAAGCAAGCUUAGCAGAGGUCAGCAGAAUGGCGGUGUCUCCAACAGUACGGCUGAUUCACUGACCCUUGAAGCCCUUCACCAACUGGCUGCAUCCUAUUUCAUCGACAGAGACAGCACAUUGCGGAAGCUCCAUCACCUCCAGAUUGCCUCCACUGCCAUUAAGGUAACUGAGACCAGGACCGGCCCUCUGGGCUGCAGUAACUAUGACAACCUCGACUCUGUCAGUUCCGUUCUGGUUCACAGCCAGGAGAACAAAGUUCAGUUGCAAGGACUUCAGGCCAUUCUGCCUAGUUAUUUAAGAAGCAGUUUUGUUCAGGCUGCUUUAGGCUAUAUAGGCUGCAAUGCUGAAGGCCAAUUUGUGUGCAAAGACAAUGACUGCUGGUGCAAAUGCAGUAAGGAGUUUCCCCAGUGUAACUGCCCUGAGGCUGAUAUCCGCUCCCAGGAAAACUACCUGGAGCGCAUGAGGGAGGCCUGGAGGCAGGACAACCAGGAAUUUCAAGACUCAGAUGAGUUCCAGAGUUUCAUGGGUAAAUUACCAACACAGGGUGCUCUAAACUCAUCAAUCAGUCGGCAAUUGUGGAGUGCAGAUAGCGCUCUACAGCAACGCUACAGGCAGCUAGAGACCCGUGUCAGCCUCCUGCUCACCAAGACCCGUCGAACUGCUAACAAGCUCUUCAGCCUCAGCAAGAGAUGCCGCUCACAGCCCAAAAUAGUCUCUCUAAGGGAGAGGCCCUUGAGCUAUUGGCUACAAUUCACCCUCUCCAUCCUGUACUGCAGUGAGAAUAACCAACUGGGAUUUUACGCAGAGGAAUUACGGAGAUGUGCCUGUCCGUAUGAGAACCCCUCUUGCCAGGGUAUAAUCCCUUGCGAGGUGGGUGAUGGGCCCCGUUGUGCUUCCUGCUCAAUGGAAAACCGCACCCGCUGCUCCAGCUGCAACCCUGGUUAUGUGCUCAGUCAUGGUGUUUGUAAGAAUGCUGUACCUAACCCCACAGACCACUACCUGGGGUUUGAGACAGACUUACAAGACCUGGAGCUACGCUUCCUACUGCAGCACCGAGAUGGCCGCAUUGCUACAAAUGCCAUUUUUGUCAGCAACGAUGUGCGCCUCAACACUUGGUUUGACCCCUCCUGGAGGAAGAGGAUGUUGUUAACAUUAAAGAGUAACAAAUAUAAAUCCAAUCGUGUGCAUAUGCUCCUGGGCAUCUCGUUGCAGAUCUGUAUGACCAAGAACUCCACCUUAGAACCUGCACUGUCUGUCUAUGUCAAUCCAUUCGGUGGUAGUCAUUCAGAGAGUUGGACCAUGCCCAUCAAUCAAAAUGGCUACCCAGACUGGGAGAAGACCAAGCUUGAAAUUCCUUUGGACUGCUACAACUGGACCUUGACUUUAGGCAACCGAUGGAAGAGCUUUUUUGAGACAGUCCACUUCUACUUGAGGAACCGGAUUCGGACCGACAUUUCUCAUGGGAACGAUACCAUCUACUUUGAACCUCUAGAAGAAACGGAUGCCACUCUGAACUUUGGAUACAUGAAAAUCAACAAUAUGCAGUUGUUUGGUUACAGCAUGCACUUUGACCCUGAGGCUAUCCAGGACCUGAUCCUUCAGUUGGACUAUCCGUACACUCAGGGCUCUCAGGACUCAGCCCUGCUGCAACUAAUGGAGAUUCGAUAUCGGGUCAAUAGACUAUCUCCUCCUGGAUCACAGCCAUUAGAUUUAUUCUCCUGCCUACUUCGCCACAGGCUCAAACUCUCCAGCCCUGAGGUACAGAGAAUACUUUCCACAUUGCAAACUUUUAGUGCCAAACAGCCCUUCUACAAAGAGUACGAAGCAGCAAAACUUUGUAGUUAAAAAGCAAACCAAUUUAUUUUUGCCAUUGAUGUUUUUCUUUACUGACUGGAAAACUAA